AUGACCCGCCAAGCACACAGCUUCCACAUAGUAGACCCAAGCCCAUGGCCCCUUACAGGGGCCAUAGCCGCCCUCCUAAUAACCUCAGGCCUAGCAAUAUGGUUCCAUUACAACACACAGACUCUCAUAAACCUUGGCCUACUAACAAUACUCUUUACAACAUACCAAUGAUGACGUGAUAUCGUCCGAGAAAGUACAUUCCAAGGGCACCACACAAAAAUAGUUCAAACCGGCCUACGCUAUGGAAUAACCCUUUUUAUCACCUCCGAAGUAUUCUUUUUUCUUGGCUUCUUUUGAGCCUUUUACCACUCAAGCCUGGCCCCAACCCCAGAACUAGGUGGCCUAUGACCCCCAACUGGAAUUACACCAUUAAACCCUUUCGAAGUACCACUACUAAAUACCGCAGUACUUCUUGCGUCUGGUGUAACUGUUACCUGAACACAUCACUCUAUUAUAGAAAACAAACGCCAAGAAGCAACCACUGCCCUAGCCUUAACUAUCCUCCUAGGCAGCUAUUUCACCCUACUCCAAGCAAUAGAGUACUUCGAAGCCCCCUUCACUAUCGCUGAUGCAACAUAUGGCGCGACAUUUUUUGUAGCAACAGGCUUCCACGGACUUCAUGUCAUUAUUGGCACUACUUUCCUAACAAUCUCCCUACUACGACAAAUCAACUACCACUUUACAACUGACCAUCACUUCGGCUUUGAAGCAGCCGCAUGAUACUGACACUUCGUUGACGUAGUAUGACUAUUCCUCUACAUCUCAAUCUACUGAUGAGGCUCCU